UAGCGGCUGAAGUCAUCGCUUCGCCCAUGAUGAAGUUGAUUUCCAAAGGGCUAUGUGGGGUAGCGGCGAAUGUUGGUACCGCAAAGUUGUGAGUAUGUAGUGAUGUGACAAUGUGUUGAUCAUCCUCGUGAAAAUCACAGCGAGGGGCUUCCGCUGAGGUGCCUGCUUUCGGCGUUAAGCCCCGCCACGUUAACGCCGCUGAAACCGCAAAACUCAUCCAACUUGGACGAGCCUCGCGCGAGCCAAUCACCGUCAUCGAAAAUGUGAUAUCCAGGCUUCACUUUUACACAAUCCUGAGCUAUCAAGCAGACACACAGGCUGGCCACGGAGAGCAUGUCACCUAAUGCGAUCGCGACAGAGUACUUGUCGACGGGAUCGAACAGACAGACCGCUGUGGCCGAUUGGAGCCAGAGAGGCAUCGUCGCAUUUGGAGCGGACAGCAAUGUUGCCAUCUGGGAGCCUGCGGCGGAGCCCCCUCGUGGCAUCACGGCUUUGUUGAGCGGCCACAAGGAUGUGGUCAAGGCUGUGGCAUUCUUGCCUUCCAGCGAGGCCGACACCCACGACUACCUCAUCACUGGGUCGGACGACAAGACACUGAUUGUCCGGAGAGCUCAAGCUGGCUCUCAUAGCUUUGAGACCGUCACCACAGUAUCGGAUCACCAAGGCCCCAUCAACUGCAUCGCACCAUACAGCCUACCAGGCACUGAGCCGCGAUGGUUGAUCGCCACCGGGAGCGCAGACGCGACUAUCAAAAUAUGGAUCUCACGAGAUGGACAGUUGACGCUUCUCCAGUCUAUCAAGACGAUGCCCAAGUUUUUCCCACUGUCCCUCGCCAUCAGCCCGCUUGACGCAGAAGGGAAUCUGUUCGUUCUCGCGGCAGCUGGGACCAGGGACUCUAUUCAGAUACUGACAGCCACGGACGUGCGCAGCGGCAUUGAAAGCGGGAGCGUCAACUUUGAAGUCCAGGCGAAGCUGUCAGGUCAUGAGAGCUGGAUCCGAUCCCUGAGCUUUGUUCGCGAAACCUCCGCCCCGGAGAGCGAUCUUCUGCUCGCGUCGGCCAGUCAAGACAAGUACAUUCGCAUUUGGCGCGUGCACCAGGGCAAAGAACUACCCGCCCUCGCCACGGAAAGCAACGAUCCCCUGAGCGGUGCCUACCUCCCCGGGAAAUCCCCUUCCAACAAGGCACAUAUGCUGAAAGCCGCUGGACUGGACUACUCCAUCACCUUUGACGCUUUGUUGCUGGGCCACGAAGACUGGAUCUACAGUGCCAAGUGGCAUGCCCACGCUGAUGGCAAGCUACAGCUCUUGUCGACGUCGGCGGACAACUCACUCGCCAUCUGGGAAGCAGAUCCAGGUUCCGGCAUAUGGGUCAGCAUGGUGAGGCUGGGCGAGAUUAGUAGGGAAAAGGGCGCUACCACAGCCACGGGCAGUACGGGUGGUUUCUGGACGGGGUUGUGGUCUCCCGAUGGUCAGUCUGUCGCCUGUCUGGGGCGAACAGGCAGCUGGAGGCGAUGGCAAUGGCAGCCCGACAGCGACCUUUGGAAAGCUUGUGUUCCCGUCACUGGCCACACAAAGGCUGUCACAGGCAUUGCAUGGUCGGGGAAUGGUGACUAUCUGCUGUCAACUAGCUUGGAUCAAACGACUCGACUGCACACCAAAUGGACGGCCAAUGGUCACAACACGUGGCACGAAAUGUCGAGACCUCAGAUCCACGGCUAUGAUCUGAACUGCAUUGACGCCUUGGGGGCGUCGCAGUUUGUUUCGGGAGCCGACGAGAAGCUUAUGCGCGUCUUCAGCGAACCCAAAGCGGUGGCGUCCAUGCUCCAUCGCCUUGGCGGAAUCGGUGAGGAGAAUGUCGAGCACAUGCCUGACGCCGCCAACAUCCCUGUCCUCGGGCUAUCCAACAAGGCCAUCGACAUGGUAGAGGACGACGAGGAGAUAGCAGCCGUCGAUGACCGCGACAGGGAAGCCAUCGAUCCGGCCUCCAUCGUCAAGAGGUCCUAUCUAGACAUUGACCACCCGCCACACGAGGAGACGCUUUCGCGCCAUACCCUCUGGCCCGAGACCGAGAAGCUCUACGGCCAUGGGUACGAGAUCUCGUGUCUUGCGGCCAGCCACGACGGCAAGAUCGUCGCUAGUGCCUGCAAAGCCAGCUCCAUCAACCAUGCUGUCAUUCGUCUCUUUGAGACUGACAAGUGGACGGAAGUCCGUCCGCCCCUGACAGCACACACGCUCACAGCCACGAGAAUCCGCUUCUCACUCGACGACAAGUAUAUCCUGAGCGUAGGUCGGGAUCGACAGUGGGCUGUCUUUGGGCGCAGUCCAGACGAUCCCUUGCAAUAUGCAUUGCUGCAGGCGAAUCCCAAGGGCCAUACGAGAAUGAUCCUGGACGCAGCGUGGGCGCCAAACGAGAAACCCCUGUUUGCCACGGCGGGCAGGGACAAGCAGGUCCGGUUGUGGCACAGCCAAGCGGACGAGGCUGGGAAGCUGAGCUUUGCGCAAUUGGCAUCGAUCCCGACAGGUGAACCGGUCACGGCAGUUGACUUUCUGCCCAGGGUUGUCGGUGGGAAGUGCGUAUUGGCCGUCGGUACGGAGAGUGGCCAGCUGAGUCUUCACAACAUCGAUGAGGCUUCGGGAGAGGUGGUGAACCUGCCAAGACUGGAAGAACUACAGAUACCAAAGACAGUGCUGCAACUUUCCUGGCGGCCUGGCACUGAUGCCGACAAGGCAGAGCUCGCAAUAGCAGGAGAUGAUAGUUCACUGAGGCUGUUUUCCCUAUCGGAGGCAUAUCUCAGGGGAAGUAGUCCGUAGCGGAUUUGAAAACAAUGAAGUAGUCAAGCCCAUCCAUGGCAAGCCCUGUGCCAGUGUAGACCUCUCAACCAUGGUAUUUCUACAUGCCGGUAUGCUUUUUGGAAAAAUCAAGGCGCAAA